AUGGCUGAUGGCGCAAAAUACGGCUCCAGUGAGCACUUCAGUCUGUUUUCAAGGUCAGUAAGUGAAAACAACGAGGUGAAUGAGUCUAAACUGAAAAUUGAAAAAUUUAUAGGGAAGCCAUCAUCCGAAAAUUGGUUAAAGUGGAUAGUUUCUGUUGGCGAGGAAUUUGAAUUUGACUUCAAAAAAUGCUCUUCUGUCACGUUUGACGGGGCAAGCACAAUGAUCAGUGAAGAAGGAGGACUUUCUGGUAAAAUAACAAAUUGGCUCAGUACAAAAGGUUUUCUGGUAGAUCUAUUCCAAUCCAAUUACUGUUUUAGCCAUAGGCUAAGUAAAGCUGUCGAAAAAAUAAACGAAAUUGUAGAGGUUGCAAUAAUCAAGAAAUAUCUGUACAAAUUAACAACCGACAACUUGAAAUCGAUCGAGACAAUCACUUUCACAUCGACGCUUGAAGAUGAGAAUUUUGUUGCCAUUUUGUAUUUUGUUGAUUAUAUAAUCACCAAAAUCAAAGUUGUCAGUGACUGGCUUCAAAAGCGCAACCUUUCCUUUUCUAUCGCAUACAGACGAAUAAUCGAUCUCAUCAUUUUUCUCAUCGAUUUCAAAACACAAAUUAAUGAUUCUGAAGAUAAUGCACUUUUUUCACUUCCAUUCUUGAAUCGUGUUAGUCUUUCCGAAAGGUCUGGUGUGCGUCAAGUGUGUUACUCUAUCGUAAACAGAUUGGUUCAGGCUCUUUCGGUACGCUUCUCAAAUCCAACAGGAAAAAUCAAAGAAGAAUAUUUGAAGUUAAACGGGUUUGCAAAGGAAAACGAAUUGUCAAUUAACAGUUUAGAUGACUUCACGAAAUUGGGUGAAAAGGUACGCAAACCCGAAUUUAUGAUCGCGUUAAAUUCUUGUUUUCUUCCAGAAUAUGAGAAAGUAAAACAAAACAUUUCUUCUGAGUUGAACAUGGAAAUAACAAGAUUUAAUGAGUGGAAAAGGAAUAAUCAACAAAUAAUGAUAAAUUUGCAAAUUGUCAACAACCAACAAAUAGAAUGUGAAAAACAAAUCAUUUUAAAUUAUUGCAAAUUUCAAAGGAGAAAGGUGGACGGUAAAAAGGAAUUGUUCAAAAAUGAAAACUCGAAAAUUCUGGCGGCAGAAAUACAAAAUUCGAGGGAACAAAGGGCAAUCCAAUUAAAAGAAACUUUUAUUAUAACUCACAAUGUGACAUCGUUUUUGGUUUUCAGCCAAAUGAGCGAGAGUGAUCUUGCAUUGUUUCCAUUGUUGUUGGAUUAUUCACAAAAAGUUGAAGCUUUAAAUGUAACAUCGUGUACUGUUGAAA